UCGUGGAGCGCAGCAAGCAGCAACAGUGCGCAACUUGGAGAUCCCCCUAUUCAUCUCCGUUUUACAUGCUUUUUGUGGAUUUUCCUACAAAUAUACUUUCUUGAUCGCAAUGUUGAAUUUAGCAGUAUUAUUGACUAUGGAUUGCAUAGAUUGAGGUCCUGGUUUGUUUCAUAGUCCAGAGACAGCGGAUCCAUAGACUUUACUGUGAAGAAGACCGGUGUUAUGGAUUUAUUCUCUCCUGAAUUGAUUAUGUUCCAUUUUGAGGGAAGCCCCGAGCUGUUUGAGUGUGUGAGUGCGUGUAUUUCCUAAGUGAGUGUGUGAGUGAACGUCAACCUCAAUAGUUGAUGCCAACAGAGAGCAGAGAAGUGUGUUAUUGAGACGCGGUCCAUCAGUGGGUUGGUUAGCGCAGAGACACACAAUAUACAAACGCACACACACGCAAAUCUGAACGCACAUACAACAGAGUGCUGUCCCACAGUGUCUGCAGAUGAGUUCUGUCAUGCAGUCGUUCAUCUCUCCAGUGACCAAGGCUAUUCUGGUAGCUCUGUUCAUCUUCGCCAUCCUGCUCAUCCUCUAUGUGAUCCUCUGGUACAUCUGCCGAGACGUGGACUGCGACCACGGCAUCUGAUCUGAUUAACACUGGGAACAGCGCUGAAUUACGAAGGAUAGAACCGUCUGACAGGGUCAUCCUGAGCUGCCCAGACAACAUGGCAGAGUUGCUAUAGUAACGGGAGGCACCAGGGGAAUCGGCUAUGAGACCGCACGACACAUGGCCAGGCUGGGGGCACAUGUUAUCAUAGCUGGACAGAAUGAGGUGGAGGGUGUGUCUGCUGUAAAGAGGAUUUACGAGGAGAACAGAGAGGCCACGGUGGAGUUUGAACAGUUGGAUCUUGCGUCUUUGCAGUCAGUCAGACAAUUCGUCCAAAGCUUCAAGAGGCGGGGCUUACCACUGGACAUCCUAGUUAACAAUGCCGGUGUCAUGUUGGUCCGUGAGAGUUGUACAAAAGACGGCUUUGAGCAUCACUUCGGGGUCAACUACCUAGGUCACUUCCUUUUGACACUGUUGCUGCUGGACACACUAAAGCAUUCUGGGAAACGCAGUUCCUGCUCACGUGUUGUGAACCUCUCCUCAUCCGCUCACCGCGCUGGAGAGAUUCGGUUAGACGACCUACAAAACAGACAUUGUUAUUCGCCACAUGCUGCAUAUUGCCAGAGCAAGCUGGCACUGCUGUUAUUUUCGUACCACCUGCAAGAGAGGCUGGAUAGAGGAGGGUUCCCAGUGAACUCAUAUGCAGUGGACCCUUGGAUGGUGGACACAUCACUCUACCGCCACCUCACCCUUCCGGCACGCCUUGCGCAGAUAGCCAUUGCGCGGCUGCUAUUUAGGAGACCAUCCCAGGGAGCAUCCACGGUGCUCUACACUGCUCUGUCUCCAUCUCUGGAGGGGGACGGAGGGGGCUACUGGAGCAACGGACACUUGGAGAUGACAUCACCAAACACCUUUGACCCCCAGCUCCAGCUCCGCCUCUGGAAUGUUAGCUGCAGACUAGUGGGCCUUCAGGAGCAUCAUCAACCAUGACCCCUGAGCUCACCUGAGCGCCCCAACUCCAUGACCCAGUACCCCAACAGGGAAGAUUGGAUGGCUGAUGCCCAACACUUCAUCUGUCAGUCCAGUGUUAUCAGUCUCUCCGCUGUCAGAUUGAUUGAAUAAACACCCUCUGUGUGGUCACCAACCAACAGGUUUUUUUGGGAAAGCUGAAAACAAAAACAUUGUGACACUUUGUCUUUUCUCAUCCAUUAACUCAGCUGGUUAAACAGUUCAGGGGAGAACCUUUGCAUAAAUUGUUCUUUCACCGGUAUAUUGGAAAUUUUGUUUGGGGUGUUUUUUUAAUGCCUACUCAGUUAGGCUGGUGGAUUAGGACCAUGACUGUGAUCCGUCAGAGUUAAGGCCUGUUGCAUGUUGUUCAGGCCAAUGGGCUGAUGGGAAUGAAGAAACCUCCUUUUGGCACCGUAUAAUGGUGUUCUUAGUGCUCCUAUGAAUGUCUGAAAUACUGCUAUGAGAGUUCAUAGUCUUCUUUUGAGUUGUUAUGCCCACCUUAAUGACUGUUGGUACAUUCAUCUUUCAAAACAGAAAGAACCUUCCUUUCAUUAAGAAACUGUACUUGACAAUAACACAUGCCUGUGUGUGUGUGUGUACGUGUGUUUGUGUGUUUGUGUGUGUGUUGUCAGAAGCAACCUAAACUAUGUAUAUCCAACUUAUCUGAGUGUGGAGUCCAGGAAUGGACAAGCAAUGGAACAUUGCUGCCAGUUCUUAUGAAAGGAAAAUAUGUUUGGUAGAGUUCUCUGAGAUUAGCAUAAAACGUUCUGCCGGCUACAUCCACGGGGAGCAAAAGUAAUGCAAGAAUGUCUUUAGUUUUUUUUAACCUGCUGGGCUGUGGGACAAACUCAUGCACACACUAACUCUACAGUUUAGUGGUUUUUCUCAGUCUCUGGUACAGUUAGUGGAGAGAGACAGUUUGUCAAUACACACUUAUCACCUCUUAAAAUGUCCUGUUGCCACAAGUAUUUCGGAUGGUGAAAAUAUAUGAAAAGGCCACCACACACUACAGUGAUUCAGUUUUAGAAGAGACUGUUCAAUGACUAUGGAAUAUGGAAAUGUUUCUGUGCAGCGGGUGCUAUGAGCUUGGCGUGUUUUUCUAAGUCAUUUUUUUCAUCUGUGGUGUUUCUUCUUCCUCCCUUGUGUGGCCAUUCCUCCAGUGCAUUGUGGGAGGUAGAUUUCCCAGGGGAAAUGCAAUAAAAUUAAGACAAAGACAAACAUACACCCACAUAUUAUCAACUGUGCAUCCAAUCACAAGCUAAUGUAAACAAUCAACGUGCAGUCUCACAGUCCAUCCUUACCCACUGUAAUCAAAACCUUCUGGUUCACAGGCUUAUCAAACUUCGACACUCCCACAGAGACAAGUCAGAACAUUUUUUUUGUGCAGAACUGUACUUACUGUAUGUUUAUCCUGCCAUUUUCCAACUCAGCACCAUGCUCAUGUUUUCCAGAGACCAGGCUUCUGACUGUUACUGUUUGGGUUGGCUACACAUACCUCAAUAGGCUAACACUGUGCUGGUAAAACACCUGAGACGGCAUGGUUAUGAAAUGGUUCUGCAGGGAACACACUAAGCUCAAUGUAAUCAAACCCACUUUGCAGCAUCUAGCCUACACAGUAGCUUUACCUCCCAUGGUCCAAUCAGGUGCUUUUGGUUUCUGGAAAUAUACCCUCACUCCCUUCAUCGAGCCUUCCUUCCCAGGUGCGCGUGCAGUGGAGUUCCCACAUGUCACAAUAUAAAUUGUGUGUUGGCAGUAGUUUGUAAACAAAGACAUGAUGCAAACAUUGCUAUGAUGGGUUUGAUUGAAUACCAGCCUGCCAAACAUAGAGGGUUCCUGGAGAUGGAACUGGUUGAAAAGUGAUCUCUUGCUGUGCCUGAACCACCUCUGUUGUGUAAUAUGACUGUACAUUUCCAGACAGAGUUGAUCUUUAGUAAAACUGUGAACUGUUUUGUCUUGUUAUGGUCACGUUUCUGUACAAACCUUUGAUAAACUGAGAUGGUUGUCUGUCUGAGCAAUAUGAAGACAUCUAGAGCCUAUACCUCAGGAGGAGAGAUGUGUUCACUAUGAAGUCAUAUGGAGACUACUCGUUUCAUUCCAUUUGUAUCGCUGAAGCUUUACGGAUUGCACAGUCAAAAUGUGAAGGUCAUUUCCAAGCGAGUCCACAUUUUCAGCGUUUUACGGGAAUGCCCAUUCCACUAAUUCGGGAACCGUGCCUUUAAAUUGAAUUCACGCCGUAACGCUGAAUCUCCUCCACCCCGACUGACUAGAGUCUCGUGGUUGAUGUUUGUGUGGUUUUAAGUGUGUGUCAAUAUGAAGUGAGUUUAUGUGGUUGUGAUUCUGUCCUACUCCUCCCCUUUCAUCCAAAACCUCAAUAAACAUAUCGUUGUGCCACUCUGCUAUCAA